AUGAAUCUGAAAUGCCCUACCUUAGGUGAUUUCAAGUGGUACAAAGACAUGUACUUCAGCAAAGUUCUUAUUAGAACAGAUAGUUCAUUGGAAUUCUGGAAAGAGAAUUUCGUCAAUGGACUACCAAAACACUUCUCAAGGAGGAUCAAAGAUGGUCUUAAGACAAAGUACAAUGGAACAAUUCCAUGGCAAACUUUGUCAUACGGAUCCAUAGCAUCCGUCAUCAUAGAAGAAGGACUCAGACUUUGUAAUGAGUCAAAGAUUCAAAACAAGCUCAAUUCUUCGAUAUCAAACAGAAAAGAGCUUGGAAGAUUUUGCGAUCAAUAUGGAUGCAAGGGAAUAGAAGCUCCCUCAACCUCCAGACGAAAGAAGGUUAAGACGCAUCCAAAACCUUAUCAUUCAUACAGGCCUAGAGAAACAUAUCUGAAUAAACCCGUGCAGUCUCAGAAGCCAAGAUAUUCAAGAAGGAAGUAUAUUCCUACAAAAACCCAUAGAGGAAAGAAAAAGCAAACUUCCUUCAAAUGUCGUGAAGAAGGACACUAUGUUAACAAGUGUCCAAUCAGAGGAAAGAUCAAUGAGUUGGAUAUAGAUCAAGAGCUGAAAAAUCAGCUAUUACGACUGACCCUAACUGACUCAGAGCAAUCAAGCGAGGGAGAAAUCCUCGAACUCCAAAAAGAAUCCGAUUCAUAUUCAAGCACAGAAUACGAAUCAGAAUAG